AUCCAGUCCAGCCCAGUUUCCAUCUCCGCUCUCUUCAAUUCCGCACACCAUGUUUUCCGCAAGGCAGAUAUUCGCCCAGGUCCAGCGCCGCGGCUUCUCGGCGUCCGCCCGUCAGGCGUCGAAGGUUACGGUUUUGGGCGCUGCGGGUGGCAUUGGCCAGCCGCUGUCGCUACUGUUGAAGCUCAACCCGAGGGUCAGCCAGCUUGCCCUCUACGAUAUCCGUCUAGCUCCUGGUGUCGCUGCCGACAUUGGCCACAUUAACACCAAGAGCGAGGUCCGGGGAUACGACCCCACGCCCUCUGGGCUCGCCGAGGCGCUCAAGGGUUCGGAAGUCGUUUUGAUUCCUGCCGGCGUGCCUCGCAAACCGGGUAUGACUCGUGAUGAUCUUUUCAACACCAACGCCUCCAUCGUCCGGGACCUGGCCAAGGCCGCCGCAGACCACGCUCCCGAAGCUAACAUCCUGAUCAUCUCGAACCCGGUCAACUCCACCGUCCCCAUCACCGCCGAGGUCUUCAAGUCCAAAGGCGUCUACAACCCGAAGCGCCUCUUCGGUGUCACCACCCUCGACGUCGUCCGCGCCUCCCGCUUCAUCUCGCAGAUCAAGGGGACCGACCCCGCCAACGAGAACGUCACCGUUGUCGGCGGCCACUCUGGCCAGACCAUCGUCCCUCUCCUCUCGCAAUCCGGCUACAACCUCUCUGGCGAGCAGCUCGAUAACUAUGUCUACCGCGUGCAGUUUGGCGGUGACGAGGUCGUCAAGGCCAAGGACGGCGCCGGUUCAGCUACCCUCUCUAUGGCCAUGGCUGGUGCCCGCUUCGCCGAGUCCCUCCUGAAGGCCGCCCAGGGCCAGAAGAACGUCAUCGAGCCUACCUUCGUCGACUCCCCGCUGUACAAGGACAGGGGCUGCGAGUACUUCGCCUCCAACGUCGAGCUCGGCCCCAACGGUGUCGAGAAGAUCCACCCCGUCGGCAAGAUCACCGAGUACGAGGAGAAGCUGUUGGACGUCUGCCUGGGUGAUCUGAGCAAAAACAUUGCCAAGGGCAUCAAGUUCGUCAAGGAGAACCCCGGUCAGUAAUCGCAUGGAGGAGAUGUACAUUAACUGGGACGGAGUGCAUGUGGGGAGAUGUAGAGGUUCCUUCACUUCCAGCGCUUGUAUUAUGGGUUUCCGGAAAUCUGGACUGGACUGGAAUUCGGAUGCCUCGAGUAAUUCAGCAGUUGGAGGAGUAUCAUAGGUAGAGAAUUGGUUUUGUACCCUAGCAAAAAUAUACUCCCUCUUUGCUCUCUUC